GGUCGUACGUUAGUAUGCAGCAGGUACAAUCGACGAUUGAGGAACAACUAAUCUUGAGAGCUAUUAAAGAAGAAUGUUCGUGGGAGAGUCUCCCUAAACGUCUUCAAGCGAGUUUGAAUUCUAAAGAUGAAUGGCAUAGAAGGAUAAUUGCCCAUUGUAUAAAGAGAAGGCUCCUAUGGCGCACAUCUUUUGUGCGUAAAGUAUGCAGAGAAAGUGAAUAUUACGAUGAUAUGAUGCGUUAUCUUCGAAAGAAUUUGGCGUUGUUUCCUUAUCAUCUUGCCGAGUAUGUCUGCCGUGUAAUGAGAGUUUCUCCAUUCAGAUACUAUUGUGAUAUGAUAUUUGAAGUCAUGAAAAAUGAACAGUCUUACGACCGCAUCCCAAAUUUUAGUGCCGCAGAUGCCUUGCGACUUACAGGGAUAGGCAGAAACGAAUUUAUUGACAUCAUGAACAAGUGUAGAUCUAAGAAAAUAAUGUGGAAGCUGAACAAGUCCAUAGCUAAAGAAUUAUUGCCUAUGCAACCAGUGGACAUCGCAAUUGAACCUUGGUGGGGCGUUUGUCUUGUCAACUUUACGUUGGAGGAAUUUAAGAAACUUUCAGAAGACGAAAGUUCAACAAUUGACAAAAUAUGCAAGGAGGAAGGAAAUGCAUUCAUGCUUUUUGAUCCUGUUGUCAUCAAGGGUCUUUAUCGCCGGGGACUAAUCUACCUUGAUGUCUGUGUUUAUGCCGAGGAUCGAUUCAAAGUAUGUAGGUUAGAAGGGUUUGUUUCAAACAGAGAACAGUCCUACGAAGAUCCCAUUGAGGAGUUGCUUUAUGCUGUUUUUGUGGUUUCAAGUGAAAAUUCAACUGUUGCUGAAUUGGCCACAACGUUACAGGUCCAACUUUCUCAACUGCAGGCUGCUGCAUCUUUUGCUUGUCGGAUAGGAUGGGCAGUAAAACUAAUUGACCCUGGAUCUAUUCUACAAGAACCUACUUCUCCUACCUCUUGUAAAAAUUCAGUCGGUGAAGAAGAGGAAGGUUCUCGUGCCAGUGUUGGCUCUUUAAACAUGUCUGUUGAUGGCAGUGUUUUUCAGCAAGAUGGGGCGGAUAAUUCUGGUUUUGCGCGUGUUGCAUUUGUUGUUGAUGCCAACAUAACGUCAUAUCUCAUGAUGGGAUCUGUUUCACCAGGUUUAAAGUCUCAUGCAGUAACAUUAUAUGAAGCUGGGAAACUGGGUCAUGCUAGCAUUAAAGAUCUCUGCAAUGAUCUUAGCUCUUUAGAAGGAGCAAAAUUUGAGGGAGUGCUUCAGGAGUUCGCCAACCAUGCAUUUAGCCUCCGAUCCGUUUUAGAGUGUUUAACAUCUGGAGGAAUUUCUUCUCACAAAGGGGAUAAGCCUUCUUUAGAUUCUUCAACCAAUGAAGAAACCCCCUUUAUCCCAGAAGAUGAGUCACACAAAGAAGAAUUUUCAGAUGCGGCUACUAGUGAAUCUGGGGUACCUGAUGAUUCUGAUCCUGCUGUUCAUGUGACUGAAGAAGCUUUUGAUAUUCAUUCGGUAUCUGUUGAGAAUUCUGAUGUUGAAAAAGUAACGAAUAAAAAAAAAAGGAAAUAUAAUGUGGAUAUCCUGCGUUGUGAAAGUUUGGCGACUCUUGCAGCAGCAACAUUAGAUAGGCUAUUUCGUCGAGACUAUGAAGUUGUAGUGUCAAUGUUACCACUUCCUCAUUCUUACGUACUUCCUGGGCCUAAGGGUCCGGUUCAUUUUGGCCCACCCUCUUAUUCCUCUAUGACACCAUGGAUGAAGUUAGUAUUGUAUUCAGCUGUGCGUAGUGGACCACUAUCAGUUGUCCUUAUGAAAGGUCAAUGUUUAAGAUUACUUCCUGCACCAUUGUCUGGUUGUGAGAGAGCCCUCGUGUGGUCGUGGGAUGAAUCUUCAGUUGACAAGUUUGAUGGUCGUUUAGUCAAAGGGAAUAUACUAUUACAUUGUUUGAAUUCACUUCUCAAACACACGGCCAUAUUAGUGCAACCCUUAAGCCAGGACGACUUUGAUGACUCUGGGAAAAUCAGUACCUUGGAUGUCCCUUUGCCAUUAAAGAACUAUGAUGGUUCAUUUGCUGAUAUAGGGAAUGAACUAGGACUUGAUAUGAAUGAAAGCUCCAAAUUGAAUUCCUUGCUAAGUAUUUUGGCAGAUAGGAUAGAGUUAUGGACAGUUGGUUAUAUUCGGAUGUUAAAGCUGUAUAAAGAAAGUGACCCCAACAGUUUUGCACCCGAUGAUGGUGAUAAAUAUGAAUGGGUUCCACUAAGUGUGGAAUUUGGGAUUCCGCUUUUUAGCCCAAGUUUAUGCAAUAAUAUAUGUAAAAGAGUGGUUUCCUCACAACUACUCCAGACAAACCUGUUUACUGAGCAUCACGAGGCAAUGCAAGAAUUGCGGAAAAGGUUACAAAGGGUUUGUUCAGACUACCAAGCAACUGGUUCAACUGCAAGGAUGCUUUACCAAAAAGAUCAACCGAAAGGUGAUCAACCAAAAGAAACAAAUAAACUUCUUAUGACUUAUGCCAGUCAAAGAUGGAAUCCUUUAACGGACCCAUCUUCUCCUAUAUCUGGGGUGAGUGAUCAUCAGAGACUAAAGCUUGCUAAUAGGCAACGUUGUGGUACAGAAGUCCUAAGCUUUGAUGGAAACAUUUUAAGAUCCUAUGCACUUUCUCCUGUCUAUGAAACUGUCAUGGGCAUGUUUGAAGAGGUCUCAGACUCAAGCAGUAGUAAAUCAGAUGAUAUGGACAGUAGAGAAUCAAUCCUUCCCGGUGUCAAUCUUCUAUUCGAUGGGUCUGAGUUGCGCCCAUUUGACAUAGGGGCUUGCCUUCAGGCUCGACAACCUGUAGCUUUGAUUGUAGAAGCUUCACUUGCCUCUGCCGCAUCUUCUGGCAUCAAAUAGGACGGCAUAUGCAAACUUGCAUGCCAAAGUGUA